UCUGCUUCAAUCUUUCAUAGAAAAUGGAAGACAAAAACAUCUUCGCGGCCGAUUGCAUAGUCAUAUGCUGCUGCUGCCAAUGCUUGAUCCUCCAAAUCAUCAUCUUAUUCUUGCUUAACCUUCCUUGCAAGAUGUUACAGAAAACAAAAGCAUAUAUAAAGAAACUGAAAAAUCGAAGACGGAGCAAGAAAACUAUGAAGAUGGAGAUUAAGGGACAUGAAGAUGGAAUCUUGAAAGAACAUGAAGUACCUUUGAGGAUUCAACUUGAGAGUUUGUGUUGUAUGGAAGAAGUUGAAAAUGUUUUAGAGGAGUUUUCUCAAAAGGGUGAAUUUGCUUUUGGAAGUUUUUGGGGUGGGGAUGAAGAGGUAGUCUCAGAGACAGAGAGAAUCACAACAUGUAUAAGGAAACAAACAGUUGAUUAUCAUGUUUUUCAUACUCAUUUGAUACAAGUCUUUUGAUCUUUCAACUUGCAAUGACACUAUCAUAUGUUCUUCUACAA